AUGGGAAUUCGAACGGAUCUGUCCUCGAAAUCAGGCACAGUCUUCGGCGAAGAUGUUUUGAAGAUUGAAAUAUCGGGCCCGAAAGAAGACUAUCUUACAGUCAUCGACGUCCCUGGCAUCUUCCGUAACCACGCUGAGGGACUCACGACCAAAGAAGACAUUGAUCUCGUCAACAGCCUCGUCAGAAAAUACAUCCGGGACAAACGAACCAUCAUUCUUCCCGUGCUUCCUUGCAACGUGGACAUUGCCACCCAGGAGAUCAUCGCCCUGGCCGAGGAGUACGACAGACAAGGAGAGCGCACUCUGGCGGUGCUGACGAAGCCUGACCUCGUGCACGAGUCCAGUGCACAGCUGUCCGUGUGCAACUUGGUGUCGGGAAAGCGGAAGCCGCUGACCCUCGGCUACUACAUCGUGCGCAAUCGCGGCGCCGAUGACGACAACAAGGUCGUCGACAUUGACACCCUGGAGACAAUGUUCCAAAAAGAACCAUGGUCCGCCCUGCCGCCCGAACAAGUUGGCGUCCAGGCCCUCAAGACACGGCUCGGUGCCCUACUCGCCGAGAUUACGCGCCGCGAGUUUCCCAUCCUCCGCAGGGAAAUCUUCACGCUCUUGGCAAAGUGCAACCGCGAUCUCGAGAGCCUCGGGCCGGCCCGGACCUUGGAACGAGACCAGCGCCGCUACUUGGGUGGUAUCGCCGAGCAAUUCGAGCAGCUGACACGAGACGCGCUUACGGCGCAGUACUCGCGCCACUCCUUUUUCGAAAAGCCAGAGAUGCGGCUAAUCACAUGCUUGGUGAAUUUGGUCGAUGCAUUCGCCGACAGCUUCCGGCUGUAUGGACAGCUAUAUAACUUUGAUGACAUUGGCGGACCGAAAGAAAUACAGCUGUAUGAAGAUUCCGUGGCACCUGGGACGGUCGAUAUGACCUCCGUCUCUUCUGGGGCAUCUCUUCAGUUCCAUGUGCACUUACGAGCGCACCUCAAGGACUACGGCGUCACUAUCGACGAUUAUCCGGAGUUGGUUGACAUUGUCCCCGAGCACUCUGAGAUUGAGGAGUCCGGAUCCAACAUUAUGGGUUGGAUCAAGACGCUUUACCUGCAGUCCCGAGGUGUGGAUCUCGGCACCGUUAGUUCGGACCUGCUGUCGGAGGCGUUUUGCGAGCAGUCUUACCAGUGGGAGCCGAUGGCCCGCGUGUGCAUGGGCGAGGCCGUGCGGCUGAUCCAUCACUUCAUGACCGAAGCACUGCGUGCUGUUUGUCCAGAUGAUGACAUUGCCGAGAAAAUACGCUCCGCUAUAUAUGAGCCCGUUCUAGAGCGGUACAAGAAUGGGCGGGACCAGGCUGUGCUUUUGGUGGACAUUGAGCGGCGCCAAUCCCCCUUUACCCUGAAUGCUGCGUUUAACCAGGGGGUGCAAUUGGCCCGCGGAGAGCGCAUGAGAAACAUGCUCGAGAAGAAAGCCUGGCAUUCCCAAAAGUCAUAUGGUGAGGACAGGCUCGUGAUCAACCUCGACGAUGUUCUGAGCGCGACGACGACGAAAACAAACGAGCAGUAUCUACAUCAGGAGAUUCACGACAAGCUCAAAUCCUACUACCACCUGGCGGUCGAUCGGUUUGUAGACAACGUCUUCCGACAGGCCGUCGGCUACCACCUCUUGUUCGGGCCGCAGGGACCGUUGUCCGUCUUCACACAAGCGUGGGUGAUUGACUUGGAUACAGAUACGUUGAGUCAAAUCGUUGGAGAGGAGGAUGUCACCAAGGCACGCCGCCAGGCGCUCAAAAAGAGAAGCAGUGAAUUGAAAGCAGCACUGGCCAUUCUCAAGGCAUAG